CCUCAAAACCACAAGCAUGGCUUGCCAUCUAAGAUCUGCUAGCGCGCCUUCCAGCCCUCGCUCAAGCAAACCCCAAGUAGAGCAGCAGCUCCAGAGCCUGAGUGCAACCAUCUCUUCGCCCUCGGCGACCAUCGAUACGACAUGCGAAGGUUUGAGGAAGCUGGCAGACAUAUACAGCUGCAUUGAGGAGAUGAUGUGCACACCCAGCAACCAAGUCAGCCUCUGGAGGACCCUGCAAAGGGUGGCAGUGGAGGCAGAGCUAGGACGGUCCCUCGUCGUGCUCGACAUCUGCAACGCCAUGCAGGAGACCUUGAUGGAGCUGAAGAUGACUGUCCAAGAGCUCUUGUUGGUUCUCAAGAGAGGAGAGGAUGCAACUUGUCAAGUCAAGGCGUACAUCCGGCUAGCCAAGAAGGCACAAAAGCAGUUCAAGAAGAUAAGCAAGAAAAGUGCUUCCGACAAGAACGAUUCUAGGGUGGUGAUGCUAAUGGCAGAAGCGAGAGAGAUCACCUUUUCACUGCUCGAAUCCACAUCCUGCAUCUUGUCGAAGCAAAUUGAGAUGCCCAAGUGGUCUCUUGUCUCCAAAACAUUGCAGAAGAGCAAAGUUGUAUGCGAAGUGGAGCAAUUGCGGGCAUUGGAGUGCAGUAUCGAAGAUCUUGAGAGCGGAGUGGAACUUCUGUACAGGAGAUUGAUCCAGAACAGAGUUUCUCUCCUCAAUGAUCUUAGUUUGUAGAUACUCUGAGCUCUAGUGCCCUGUGGUUGGCAUCCACCUUUUAAAGGAUUAGUCAAUCACCCUAACAGUUUUGCAAUGUGUAUGCAUAGAAAGUUCAAUAGCAAACAAAAACAAUUUUGUCUCUGAAAUUUAGCACUUGUGCAAGCCCCACGAUAUAAAUCAGUAUCCUGAUUAAAUGACUUGGUUUCUCCUCAAACAUACUAUGUAGUAGUACGGAGUAUGUACUUACAGGCAACAGAACAGUAACAACUGAUAUAAAUCAGUAUCCUGAUUAAAUGACUUGGUACAAUUAAAUUUAACCCUACUUGAUGUUAAAAGAAGUAAUGGUGUCUCCAAAAUCUGGAAGUUGACCGUAAUAGCCUACGCGUCUCAUGGAAUUAUUUUCCAUGGGUCAUAUUACUCAUGCUCUAACAUGCUGUAACAUGCCAGCUCCAACCCACGACCAUAACCUUGUGAUUAUGCAUUAUCAUUAUCAAGGGGAAACCUAAUGAUGCUGAUGACUAUCAAUAAUCAGGUCAACACAUGCAACCAAUAAUAUCAAAACAAAUCCACUGAAGAUCCUUUCUUAUCAUGUUGUUGUACCUUCCCUUCUGCUUCCUAAUGGUACAAUGAACUUCAUAUUUCCAUCGUUGGAUUAGUUUCAAAAAUGAAAUCAGAAGCAAAUGGAUUACACUUCUAUUUUAUGCAUAGCAUACAUCGUAGUUAAUUUUCUUUCACAUGAUUAUCUCAGUUAGCCAGAUGGAACUUAAUAUCGAAAGCAUCAAUUAUACUUGCUUGUGUCGAGAAUCUGCGUACACUUACAUGGUUGUUCUUGCUGUGGAUAGCUGAAACACGCCAGCGCUGCUGCACAUGCAUAAGACCCCCAUCAUAAUGUUGAAAAAUCAGCGAAAACCUGUAUUGUAUUUCCUUCAACAAUACUUCAUGAUCACAUAUCAAGAUCCGACAUCAAACGAAACACCCGUGCAGUAUACUCUGUUACCAAUAGCCAAGACAUGCCAAGCAUAUUAUAUAAGCUAACUCAUUGAUGUGUGCCACGCUAACCAGAAGCAGAUAAAGCAACACUCUCUUAUGGGGGUUAGCAAAUGGGAUUCUUGCUGUCGGCUGCUCUGUUCAUCAUGCCAUUGCUGCUGCCUCUCCGAUAUAUAUACAGGGAGAACCCCAAGGCUUCAGCACCAAGAAACUGCAGGUCAUCUUGACUACCAUUCUCUUCCAUUUCUCCACAGAAGAAAACAGCACCAAAGCUUCAAUCUCCAAGCAUGGCUUACCAUCUACGAUCGGCAAGCGCGCCUUCGAGCCCUCGCUCGCACAAAACAGAAGUCGAGCAGCAGCUCCAGAGCCUGAGCACAACCAUCUCUUCGCCCUUGGCAACCAUCGACACGAUGCGCGACGGCCUGAGGAGGCUGGCAGCCAUCU